CUGAGAAAAACAUUUUCCGAUCAUUAAAUCCCUUGUGGAAGUUCAUGUGCUAUUGUCAAUACACACAUUUUACAUCUUUAAAUUAUUAAAAAACUAUAAAAAUGGCCAUGUCUCCUGGAGUUAAAGAACGUUUGGAAGUUGUCUAUGAAAUUGCCAAGACAACCUUCCAUUGGGGCUUUGUUCCCAUGGUAUUGUAUUUGGGUUUCAAAAAAGGAGCUGAACCCGGUAUGCCACCAUUGUCCCUGAUGAGCUUGCUGUGGCAAUAAACGAGAUUAGCAUUUAUGCCAUAGUAAUAGUUUGUAAAACCUUGUGGGUCACAAGGGAGACAAUUUAUAGGGGGGUCGUUAACCGGGUAUGAUCAAUGUUCGCCUGCAUUGGUGAAAACAAGCAUUUGGUUUAAAUAAAUAAAACAAUUGUUAAUAAUAA